UCUUCUUGUUUGCGCAUUGCAAGAGGCUCUUUGUGUUGAAAAAAACCUUGUUUUGUGUUAUUUCGCAGAGACUGCACCAUUGGACUUGUGCAUGGAUUUCUUUCUAUCCAGUCCGAAGCUCGCUUAUUGAAUCUCCUCUUCAAGCCAUAUGCGAUGGUGGAGCUAGGCAACUCGUCGUGGAAGCACUCUGGGAGGGUUAACUGGGAGAAUGAAGACCUCCACACAAUUACGGGAUUGUCAGUGAUUCAUAUGCUUCUUGCAGAAAACCAAGGAGGGCAAAACUGGUCGAAGCCAAGGGUCCGGGAGAUUGCUUGUCCGAGCAACAGGUGGCCUGGUUUCUUAUUCUCUCGGAUGCCAGGCACGCUAUGCAUGAGCUCCUCGGCCUCCUCCAGCCCUCCAGACUUGCGCUAUGCCUCGUGGAACAUCGCUCACCUUAAAGGAAGGAUUGCGUUCCAAGGAAUCUGCUUUAGAUUGGAAGAUGAAUGGCUGAAUGUUUCCAUUGGAAUCUAACGAUUGAGAAGAUCUUCUUUCAAAUA